ACAUUGAUCAGCAAGUGACAUUUUUGUGUUAGUCUGCGACGUUGGCAAUAAUGAAUCGGGUGUAAAUCUAGUAAUCAGUGUAUAUUUUUACAAAAUCGAAGUGGACCAGUUUUGGGUCUUUGAAAUGAGAGGAUUUGAGGUGCUAACCAAAAAUAUUUAUACGGAACGCGCUACUUUCCUGGUUUGGUCUUUGUCUAUCUGUUCCGUGACUGGUUCUUGAAGAUCUUACGUGGUUGAGUGAGGUUAUGUUCAAAAGUUAUAUAAAAAACAAUCCAUUUUAAGCAGAUUCCAUUUUUUCUUGCAACAAUCAUGCCGGACUGGCGAAUAAAUGAAAAAUAUCGCAAGCCAAGAAGAACUAAAGGCACCCCCUUUUAUGUGGAAAGAAAUUAUUAUGCCCUAGGGUGUCUAGCUCUAAGUGGUAUAUGCUGGUAUUUAUACGAACUUUGGCCUUCGACCAAGAAACUGAAACAAAAACUUGAGACAGAUAAGUUUGAUUACCCAGAAGGCUUGAAGAUGAAAAUUAAACAUAUUCAGUCAGGUACUCAAGGUGGUGCUGGAAUUGAAGGAUUAUUGGCAAAAGCUAGAGAAAGGGAGGCUCAGAAAAUCACAAAAGAAGGCGAAAAAGAAACAUCUUGGCUUUACAAAAUAAUGACAAGAGAACCAGACCUUUAAUAUUAAGAAAAGCAGUUAUUUAAUAUUUGGCAUCAUAUUGAUCUUGUAGUAGAGGUGCUGCUUGUACGUCAAAUAGCCAUAAUAAAUAUUGUAAAUGAAGUUGUAACUUAUUAUUAGCCAUGAGAUUCUUCUAACAUUUUAAAAAAUGUUCUUAUGAAAUGAAAUUAAUACAUAUUUUAUUUAAAUACAUAAUAUAGAAAAUCACA